GUUGCAAAAGUGGGUACACACAAGUGUGGGCAAAUAUUUUUUUUUUUUUUAACUGCAGUUGUGCGAUUAGCUGUGCGUAUUUUACACUCCCAUGUGCCAGUGCGAGCAUAUUCCUCGCUAAAGUAGACACAGCGCAGUUGCCCAUGCACAGGCACAAGCACAAACAUAUAUAUAUAUUGGUCUGCUAAUUCAGAUGUGUACUCCUCCUAAGGGUGACCUUUUUUCCUCGUUCCAGCUUUAGCUAAACACUUCCCAAAUCGAAUUUGCCCCCCAAAAAUUGACGGCACAAAUGAAGCGAAUGCUUUUGUUCACGCUCACCGCCUUGUUUUUUGCUAUGAGUCGCGAUGUAGGACUGUGCCACAUGUGCACAACUGACCUGUGCGGGAGAUGCUGCCGCCCCACGCGAGAUGGCUGCGAAAAUAAUUUCCACAGAACGAUGAGGGGGAAUGAUCACAGCGACGACGUAUACUGCAGACUCUGCGACUGCAGCAAUCCAAGCACAGUGGAUGCUUGUAAAAAUGGGUCCUUCCGAGGCAAUGCUCUCGGUGUAGUAAAAUAUUUCGAUAUAGCAGGCUGUGGACAUGAACUGAAGAGAGGAAACCUUCUCAAUAGUGCCUGACGUGCUGGACAAAAGAAGAUAUCAGUACUCUCGUGGGGUGCACCUCUCGAAUGGGUAGUUCCCCCCACAUGUGGAUCUUCCCGUUGGUGUGUUUUCCACCAGUUGUUAGUUUUUUUUUUUUUUUUUUGUUAAUUAUUUUGUAACUCAUCAAUUUGUUUAUUUUGCAAGUGGCU